AUGGAAAUACUCGACAGCUUGCAAAGCAAAAUGGCGGAGAUGGAAAUUGAAUCUGACAACAUGACCUCAAACAUCAGCCUCGAAAAAUCCAUGAACAUAACGUUUUUCCCCUACUACCAACAUUCACUAUCUGUUGCUACAAGCUAUAUUCUGGCAUAUCUCUUCAUCUUCUUGCUGUGUAUGGUUGGAAACAUUAUGGUGUGCCUGACUGUGCUUGGAAGCCGUCAUAUGCGCACGGUCACGAACCUCUUCAUCUUAAACCUGGCUGUCAGUGACCUCCUGGUCGGUAUCUUCUGCAUCCCAACAACGCUUGUGGACAAUCUCAUCACAGGUUGGCCAUUUUCCAACGUCGUGUGCAAGAUGAGUGGUUUUGUGCAGGGUGUGUCUGUGUCUGCAUCAGUCUUCACCUUGGUGGCAAUAGCUGUCGAAAGGUUUCGCUGCAUUGUGUAUUUGCACAACAAGUCAACCAAAGUCACUGCCAAAGCCGCCAUUGCUUUUAUCUGGGUACUAGCAAUGGCAAUCAUGUGUCCUGCAGCAGUUGCGUUGACUGUGGAGGAGGUUCCUUUUCACUACAUGGUCUACAAUGAUGACUUUAACCACACAUUGGUACUCUACACUUGCUAUGAAGACUUUGCCAACCCAAAGAUGACAAAGUUUUAUACUGCAAUUCUUUUUGCUCUCAUCUACCUAGUUCCAUUGAUGGUAAUCACACUCAUGUAUGGUACCAUUGGUGCCAAACUAUGCUCAUCUGUGCUUGCAAAAAGAAAGCCUCAGGAGGUCAACAUCCAAGUCAGGGGUAGGAGACAUGGGAAGCCAGUCUCCUCGCAGAAAAAGAUUCAUGCGAUUAAAAUGCUUUUUCUUGUGACUUUGCUUUUUAUGUUGUCAUGGUUGCCCCUCUGGACCGUCAUGAUGAUGACAGACUAUGGGGGCUUGAACAAAGACCAACUGGAUUUACUGAUCAUCUACAUCUUCCCUUUUGCUCAUUGGCUGGCUUUCGCUAAUUCUAGUAUCAACCCCAUAAUCUACGGCUACUAUAAUGAGAACUUUAAAAGAGCAUUCCAAGCAGUGUCCUUUUCCAGGGCUUUCUCCCAUCUCGCACGGUGUCGCAUGUGGAGGAGGAUUACCGUAUGUCAUUGGAGACGAAGUUCUGCACAAGUACCUUUUGAAGGUACAAAUUGCAGAAAUAGCAGUGGCAAUAACAGCCAGCAGACAUUUGGAUUGAGAAACAGAGUCUACAAUGACAGGUUGAACAUUGACAAACAUGAGCCAAAAAGGAGGGCGAGGGUGUUGAGUACGGGGGUACGGUCAAGGAUGAGUGUUUCCCAUCAAGGGAUAGAAAUGGCAAUGAUGAAAAACAAUGCUGUUCGUAGUGAAGAGGGGGGAAACGCCAGCCAGCUAUCAGUUUCAGUAAAACAAGCGUGGGAUAACAAUUUACUUACGGAACACUUAGAAACAUUAAAUUAAAAAUGAUCACUAUGUUUUCUUGUUGCCUUAGGAAGGAACACUGGCACUACAUACGGAAAAUUGCUCACGUUUUCAGCAUUCAUGCGGCAAUCUAGUAUUGACAGGCCACACACUGAGCAAUAGCAUCUGUAGAACUAGCUAGCUAUAUUGAUCUAUUUUCAUGCAUAGUAUAAAACAACUGUCCCCCCAUUUAUGCAAUGGACAGAAUAUUUAAUUCAAUGAGUGAUGAAAUGCUGCGCCUCAUUGAAUGUAUCAUUUUGUCUUUCACUCAUAAAAUAUUCUUUCUAUUGCAUUCAUAAAGAUUCAUUAUUUUUACAUGACCUAACGCCAAGAGGAAAAGUAAUUGCCUCUAAACCUAAUAACUGAUUGGACUGCCCUAACAAUAAUUGUUCCUCCCCUUGCUAUAACAGUUCCAGCAUGAAUACCUGCUUUUCAACCUUUGGUUUGUUUUGCUGACCUUGGAUAGUGGUGGAUGCAUAGAACACCCACAAAUAGAUUUUCACUCAUACACCCACCACAUGACUAAAACUACUGAUAUAUGAUGGUUGCGUGUGUAUAUAUUGCAUUCAAACAUAUACUCUAUUUAUCCUAAUUUGGGUUGCUUUGGACUAAUUGUGUCUGAUUUUAUUAAUUUAUGUCAAUGAAAAUAUUUGAUAAAAGUUGCGCAUGUGUCUCGAUAUUGCUACAGCUGCUGAGCCGAGGUCAAUGCAAUAACACAGAAGCGCAAACAUUGUGAUCCAUUAGUCAAUUGAGCAAAUAAUUUGCUCGACUGUAUUUCUGAAAACUGGAUAAUAUUGUUGGAACACCUGUCUGAUAUUACAGUCUUGUCCCAAUGUGUUACUGAAUGUGUUCUUGUUCACUUUGUCUAUGGUACAUUUGCUGUAUUGAUAUUCUUGUAUAGUGGUUUCUUUGUCACCUGUAUGUGUGGAGUAAAAAAAUGUUAACUUUUUGAAUUCAAAUGUAAAAUUUGUCUGGCUGUAACAUUUAUGAAGUAAUAUCUUGAUGCUAUAUAUUUAGAGCGGCUUACAUUAUGGGGCGGCAUUUGAAAAGCAGCACAUGCUGAAUAUUGCCGCAACACUGUCACAUUUAGCACCACACAGUGUUUAAAAUAUGGUGUGAAAAUUUAUG